AUGGCACCGAAACGUCAAGCCAGACCAUCUACCCCUCCGCCCAAGAAGAAAGCUAAGAAAGGAGGUCCUGUCCAAUCGUCGAUCGCGACUUUCUUCACAUCACCUUCAAAGCCUAAACCUGUUGCCGCGAACGGACACAAACGGAAUGAUACUGUGAUUAGCAUAGAAGAUUCCGACGAUGAUAUGCCUUUACAGAGCUCCGGUAAGAGUCCAGAAGGCGAUGAAGUUUUCGCCAGGAAAUUAGCUGAAGAAUGGAAACAAGAGGAAUGUAUACAACUAGACAAAGGGAAAUCAAGAGCUACUCCAGAUGCAGAAAUCGUGAAGGAUGAAAAGGCUGAAGAGGAAGAUGAUGAUAAUGAUGAUGACGACAUCGUUUCUGUCGAGCCACCAUAUUCUGAUGCUCCCGGUAUAAAUGGAUCAUGUUCAAGCAAACAUCAGCUGCCACCCGUCAAGGCCGAACCUGUUGACACCAAACCGAAGAGCAAAAGUGUGAAAGAAGUUAAACCUGUUGCAUCAAUCUUCGCUUCUCGUAAAGCUCGUACACCGUCUCCACCUCUCACCAAGCUGGAAUCUAUCGAUACAAAACCUAUCCUCAGUUCUCCGAGUAAACCAACUACUAUAACUUCUGUUUCGGCGGAGCCUGUCGACCCAAUAGAUUUUGAUACAGACGCUUUUUUGUUUCGACCUUCAGAAGUCGACGUCACCAAAUGGCCUAAAGGUAGAUUACCUUAUAGUAUUCUUGUCGGAGUGUACGUCCAAGUAUCAAGUACCAGAUCAAGAUUGACCAUAGUGAGGGUACUGACCAACUUUCUUCACCUUCUCUUACAUGCAUCUCCUAUAGAUCUUCCAUCAUCUCUAUAUCUUCUUUCCAAUCACUUGCUGCCAAAUUACCUACCAUCUGAGCUGGGUGUAGGAUCUCAGAUCAUCACAAAAGCCAUCACGUCAGUUUCCGGAUUGCAGCCUCGUGACUUGAAGAAAUUAUGGGAGAAAUGGGGUGAUCCAGGAGAUGUAGCGUUUGAAGCUAAAAGCAAUCUGAGAACAUUGGUCAAACCAUCUCCACUACUGGUUGGCGAUGUAUAUCAACGAUUGUUGGGAUUAUCAAGAGUAAAAGGAAAUCAAAGUGGAAGGAUCAAAGGUGAUGUAGUCAGGAAAUUAAUGGUUCAAGCUAGAGGAGAAGAGAUUAGAUUUUUAGUAAGAAGUAUGGUUGGAAAUCUUAGAAUUGGCGCAGUUAGACUUACUCUGUUGACAGCCUUAGCUAGAGCAACCGCUCUUCUUCACAUGCCUGACGAGCUCCUCUCUUCAGUUCGACCUUUACCUCCUCCACCGCAAAAGCAUGAGAAAGGUCAAAAGCGUGUCCUGAGACCGAAAAUUGAGCCUGAUCCCGCUCGAGAGGAAGUCGAAGAACGAUGUAUUGAUGCGGUCAAGAUCGUGCGGAAAGUGUAUGUUAGGCACCCGAAUUAUGGAGAUCUAGUCGUCGGACUAGAUCACGGUGGAUUAGUAGGUCUAGAAGACCGAGUCGGAGUUAAUGUCGGGAUCCCUCUUUCGCCGAUGCUCGGAUCCAUCACUCGGUCACUGAACGAGGUGUUUACUCGUCUUGGUACUUUACCGUUCACGGCGGAAGCCAAGCUCGAUGGUCAAAGGGUCCAGAUUCAUGCCAGACUCGAUGGACCUCAAGGGGAAGACGACGGUGGUGGCAGGUGGGUCCAAGGAGACGAAGGGAAGGUAUGGGUCAGGCUUUUCAGUAGACAUCUCGAAGAUAUGACGGAAAAAUAUCCUGAUGUCUGUCAAUUGAUCCUGAGCUUGCUCUAUCGUCCAUUGCCUCUAGUACCGACGCCAUUCCCGGAAGAAGCCUCUACUCCCAUUCCUAAAAUGAUCGAUCUUCUACACGGGAACAAAAUCAGCUCUUUCAUAAUGGAUGCCGAGAUCGUCGCAGUGGAUAAGGAUACUGGAGCAUAUAGGACUUUUCAAGAUCUUUCCAAUAGAGCCAAAAAGGAUGUUAGGGUUGAAGAUAUUAAGGUCAUUGUUGGUGUAUUCGCCUUUGAUCUAAUGUUAUUAAAUGAUCAAACCUUACUCGAUUCCCCCUUCUCUCACAGAAGGCAUCUUCUUCGUACAUUAUUUGAACCAUUCUCGAAUCCUGCUGACCCCACUUUGGCAAGAUUCUCUCAUGUCGCUUCGUUAGAUUCAACAUCGUUACAGGACGUGCCAGCGGAGAUGCAGGUUUUCUUCGAAUCCGUCGUGGAGCAGAAAUGUGAGGGAUUGAUGGUAAAGCUCUUGGAAUCCGGUGAAGGGUUGACAGGAGAGGACGAUGAAGAUGAUAUAUCAAACGUUGGUGGUACGCCCUCCAAGAAGAAUAAAUCGAAGGGGGGCAAGCGAAAACCACUACCGGCAACUUACGAGCCCGAUCAAAGGAGUCAAGGUUGGUUGAAAGUGAAAAAGGAUUACCUCGAAGGGCUGGGAGAUUCACUAGAUCUUGUACCGAUCGGAGCAUGGUGGGGUCAAGGUAGAAAAGCAGGAUGGUGGAGUCCUAUUUUGUUGGCUUGUCAUAAUCCUGAAUCCGGUGCUUUAGAAGCCGUUUGCAAGUGUAUAUCAGGAUUCUCCGACGUUUUUUACAAAGAUCUACUCAAACGUUAUCCGCCAGAAGGCCUACCUGAGAAAUGCAAUAAGACCACAACAUUAGGUUUCGUAGAUACCAAUGGAUUGAGACCGGAUGUUUGGUUCGAACCUUCCGAGGUAUGGGAGAUACGUGGUGCUGAUAUAACACUCUCACCUGUUUAUCCUGCAGCUUCAUCACUCUUGGGCUCAGAAAGAGGUUUGUCGAUUAGAUUUCCGAGAUUCAUGAAGAUUAGAGAUGAUAAAUCGUGGGAACAAGCUACUACAAGUGAACAAUUCGCUGAAAUGUAUCGAAAACAAAUCAAGGAGGCUCCAAGUAAAGAACAGGAAAUUGCCGACAACACAAAAGUAGGAGAUGGAAUUCGGAAGGAUUCAGAUGAAGAAGAUAUCCGAGAUUUGGAAGAUCAGGAUGAGAUCGAUGAUGGUGAAUAA